AGUGGGGUGACCGCGGGAAAAUAUUCCACGUAAUACAUCGGCCAGUUCCAGGGAAGGAGGGACUCUGGACUUGCGUGGGAUCACCGGGAGCACGUUUCGCUAUAUAAAACGGAAACAUAUUAGCAUUCAUUCUUUAGAAACAAGCCAAGGACCGUUGGGUCGGAAUAGAGGAGGUUUCAGUCUAGGAUAGUCUUACGAGGGGCAGGAAAAUGGAGCUGGAUGACGGAGUUGUGUACCAGGACGACCCGAUGACAUCGGCGAUAAUGUCGGAGCGCGUCUCGGGCCUGGCCAACUCCAUCUACCUCGAAUUUGAGAGACUCAUCCGCAAAUACGACGAGGACGUGGUGAAAGAGCUCAUGCCGCUGGUCGUGGCGGUACUGGAGAACCUGGACACGGUGUUCGCCGAGAACCAGGAGCACGAAGUGGAGCUUGAGCUCCUCAAGGAGGACAACGAGCAGCUGGUCACUCAGUAUGAACGCGAGAAAGCGCUCAGGAAGCACGCAGAGGAGAGGUUCAUUGAAUUUGAAGAUUCUCAGGAACAGGAGAAAAAAGAUUUGCACAAUCAUCUGGAGAGUUUGGGCUCACAUUCCCAUCAACUGGAGCUGAAGAUCAAGAACUAUGCCGACCAGAUAAGUCGAUUAGAGGAGCGAGAGGCUGAACUCAAGAGAGAAUAUAAUUCCCUUCAUCUGCGGCACACAGAGAUGAUCCAAAACUACAUGGAACAUGUUGAACGCAUCAGGCUGCAGCAGACCGGAGGAGAGGCCUCUGACACGGGAACAAUGGCCAGAGUUCGGAAAGAGCGUCCCCUGUCUCUGGGAAUCUUUCCCAUGUCUGGUGGAGGCAGUUCAUUGAAGCCUGAUGCCCAAGGAAGAGUAGAGACUCCUGGGAUGGACGGGUGGAGAAUCAACCAUCUCACUCAUCAACGCUCCAACACUAGCCUCAAGUUGGAGUCGGAGGGCACUCAAAAGAAAAGGGAGGGUAAGGAUAAUCUGGAAGCUUGGGAAGCGCUGGCAAACAACUGCAAGGAGGAGCUGUCUGACCUCAGCCAGGGGGGCUCAAAGUCCAUCACGCCAAUGUCCACCACGGCCUCCGAUCUGGCCCUGGACUCCCACAGAGAGGAUGGUGAUGGAUCCUGGAAGAACACAGAGGUUCAGGCUGUUCCAGGUACCGGGAACGUCUCAGCGGGUCUGGCUGAUGAUGAAGAGAAGUCAGAUGUUCAGGCUAUUAUUGAGUCCACACCAGAGCUGGACAUGGACCUUAGUGGAUACAAAGGAGCCAGCACUCCGACCCGAGGUAUUGAGAACAAGGCGUUUGACCGGAACACAGACUCUCUGUUUGAAGAGCUGUCGUCAGCGGGCUCAGGUUUGAUUGGAGAUGUGGACGAGGGAGCAGACCUGUUGGGCAUGAGUCGUGAGGUGGAGAACCUCAUUCAGGAAAAUGUGCAAUUGUUAGAGACAAAAAAUGCCCUGAACGUGGUAAAGAACGAUCUGAUCGCUCGUGUGGAUGAGCUGUCGUGUGAGAAGGAGGUCCUCGAGGGAGAACUGGAUGCCGUUCAGCAGGCCAAAGCCAAACUCGAGGAAAAGAACAAACAGCUGCAGGAAGAACUCAAAAAAGUGAAAGCAGAGUCAGAGGUGGCUAAACAGAAUAAUAAUAAAGAUGAAGAUGAGAGUGAUGUUCCCACAGCUCAAAGGAGAAGGUUCACACGGGUGGAGAUGGCUCGAGUUUUGAUGGAGAGAAACCAGUACAAAGAGAGACUGAUGGAGCUGCAGGAGGCCGUCAGGUGGACCGAGAUGAUCCGAGCUUCAAGGGAAAACUCUGAGGUUGCCGAGAAGAAGAGGUCAAGCAUCAGGCAGUUCUUCAGCCGUCUGUUCAGUUCCUCCAGUUCUUCUACGUCAAGCACAUCGAGGGCUCUGCCGUCCAACGUCAAGUACAACGCACCCAUCGUCAUGAAAAAGAGCAACACAUUCUCCCAGUUCCCCAGAGAAAAGUCCAAAGCUUUUGACUUCCUCAAAGAAGACAUGGACUCGUGUGGUUCUCUGUCCCGCCGCGAGCAGAAACGAGCUCAGUACCAGCAUGUAAAAGCCCACGUGCAAAAGGAAGACGGCAGGGUGACGGCUCACGGCUGGAGUGUCCCGGGCAAAUACAAGGUUGCCAAUGGAGGUCAUGCACUGAACAAAAUGAACUUGCCUGUUCCUGUGUGUCUCAAGCCACUGGAACAAAAAGAUGCUUCUAUGAAGCUCUUGUGUGCAGUCGGAGUGAAUCUCUCGGGUGGAUGGCCCAGUGAGGAAAGCUCCAAACAGAAGAAAGGAUCUCGGAACAGUCUGGAUCAACUGGAGCAGGAACCAAAGGAUCAGGAGAGGGAACAGACAGUGCAGGUGGAGAUGUCCAGUCGAGUGUGGAUCUGUACGAGCACUCACUCCUCCACUAAAGUGAUGAUCAUGGAUGUGACGCAGCCCUCUGAUCUGCUGGACAGCUUCUAUGUCUGUAACUCAUGUGUGAUGUGUAUCGCCAGUGUACCAGGUGUUUUUGAAACAGACUAUCCUGCAGGGGAAGAGAUUCCUCAGGACCUUGAGGCAGUUCCAGACGGUUUAUUGGCCAGUCACAGCUCACAGGGAAGCGAGGGAGUGUUGAGUGAUGUGUCAGUGGUUGGCUGCGUUGCGGAGGUGUCCAGCACAGGAUCUCAGACUGGCAGCACAGGAGCCAAUGAACAAUCAGCAGAACACAGUCCUGUCAAAGGCAGUGUAAAUCUCUCUAGAGCUCCCAGUGAAGAUGGAGUCCUUGCAGCAGAGGAAGCCAUGGAGGCCACUGAGGAAGACCACGAGAGCCCGGGACAGGACACCAGUCAGCCUGGAAUCUACACAGAACAUGUGUUCACCGACCCACUGGGAACAGAGUCUUCUGGGGCUUCAACAGGCACUGAUAACCAGAGGGAGUCAGAUCAGGACAGGGAUGAUGCGCCAUCUACAGGCGACAAGACAGAUCUGGCGAGAGAAGAGACCCAGCGGAUGAGCAGCACACUCCCUACCAUGUGGAUGGGGGCCCAGAAUGGCUGUUUGUACGUGCACUCAUCCGUUGCUCGGUGGAGAAAGUGUCUCCAUGCUGUCAAGCUGAAGGAUUCCAUCUUAAAUAUUGUACAUGUGAGGGGACGUGUUUUAGUGGCUCUUGCUGACGGUACACUGGCCAUCUUCCACAGAGGUCUUGACAACCAAUGGGAUUUAACCAACUACCACCUCCUGGACCUCGGCCGACCGCAUCACUCUAUCCGCUGCAUGACGGUGGUGCAUGAUAAAGUGUGGUGUGGCUACAGGAAUAAGAUCUAUGUGAUCCAGCCAAGAGCCAUGAAAAUAGAGAAGUCUUUUGACGCCCACCCACGUAAGGAGAGCCAGGUGCGUCAGCUGGCCUGGGUGGGUGAUGGUAUCUGGGUCUCCAUCCGUCUCGACUCCACCCUCCGUCUCUUCCACGCUCACACCUUCCAGCAUCUGCAAGAUGUUGACAUUGAGCCUUACGUCAGCAAAAUGUUGGGUACGGGAAAACUUGGCUUCUCCUUUGUUAGGAUAACAGCUUUGAUGGUGUCCUGUAACCGGCUGUGGGUGGGAACAGGAAAUGGUGUCAUCAUCUCCAUCCCACUGUCAGACUCAGUAGGUCAGUGUGGAGUUCUAGGUCAGAGGGCAGCUCAUAAGAUUGUAGGAGCGAUCGCCUGUCGUCCAGGUGGGGCAGUGAGAGUGUACGGCAAUGAAACUGCAGAUGAUGCGGUGGCGGGGUCGUAUGUACCAUACUGCUCCAUGGCACACGCUCAGCUCUGCUUUCACGGCCAUAGGGACGCUGUUAAAUUUUUUGUGACUGUUCCAGGUCAGGUAAUUGUGCCAGGAGCUGCAGGAUCGGAUGGUGUGAUUGAAAACUCUGAUGCUUCGAAUAGCAAGAACACGCUCAUUAUGAGUGGAGGAGAAGGAUACAUUGACUUCAGAAUCGGUGAUGAGGAUGCUGGUUUGGGGCGAGAUGAGGAUGAGGACUCGGUGGAACCCACUUUGAAACUACAGUCGGCUCCUGCCAAACCUGAGCGCAGUUAUGUUAUAGUUUGGCAGGUGGCAUUAGGCAGUGAGUGACUGACAAAUCAUUGCUGCGGGUUUGACAGAGAACUCGAUGUCUAGGUCAGCCCCACGUGGGCUUAUUAUUUUACAAAAUACUUUUCAUCUUAUUAUUAAUGCAUCACGAUGAGUUCUUCAGUAUUAGUUUAAAAGUGUAUUUAAUUGUUUUGUUUUCAUAUGAAUCUGGCUUUUAUACUUCAUGGGUCGGUGUUGAAAUGAAGGAACAAAAUGCUGACUUGAAGGACAACAUUAAAACGCAAGUCCGUCCGUCCGUCCACAACUGCAUCGCAAAUGUCACUAUUAUUAUUUGUAUUUUAUUUUGUUGUCUUUUUAUAUUGAUCAGCGAAAGAUGGAGAGAUUUUCAUUGUGUAGUUCUUGUAUACAGAAACUCAGAGAGCUAUUUUUGCUAUCUGUACGGCAUAGCUAUUGUGAGCGGUGUCUCAGCACCUUAAGGCAUGGUGUUUGCACCGGUAUGCGUGCUCCUAGUGUGAUUUCUCGCCUGCAUGAGUCUUGUAUCAUUCCUAAAAAGAGCCCCGGAGCUCUUUUGUGUAAAAUGUGUUAGACGCAUAGGGCUUCCCUCAUGCUAGAGCUUGCUGGCACUUUAAAGAACAAACGUAGACAAACUUUAAAAUGAGCUAACAUCUGGAAAGAACAUCUGAUAGGAUUUAUUUCAGUUGAGAGGAUCUGCCCUUUUACCAAAGGAUGACAUGUAGAACAAAUAACAAAUACUAAACAGCCUAACUGUUGUAACUCUCAUAUUUUGCAUUGCCAAGGCUUUUUGAUCUUAUGUGAUUCUCUUGAAUGGACACAAAUGGAUGAAAUAUGCAAAAAUAAAAUAAAAAAAAUGACAGGGAUUGUAUAACAUAUUUGUCAAAUAUUCUUAUCUUUUUUUUUUUUUUUAGUUAAUGUCAGUCUUGUCUAAAGCCAGUGUUCCCUUGUCCAUAUUUGAGUGUGCGCAGUAUGUACAGUGGCCCCUAAAAGUAUUUUGACACUUAGGCCAUGGAUCAAAAUGCAUGAAUGUCAUUGCAUUUGAUAACAGAAUGUCAAACCAAGUGGCAACAUGUGGAUGAAUACAGUCGAGCCCCAUCAAGUUCACACAGGUAAAACAAUGUAGUUCAUUGCAUUAACUAUGGACAUGUUCCACUUACGUUUGACAACCAUAAAGUGUCCAAAUAUACAGUUUGAAUGGUAUAUCUAUUGUUUUAUACAUUUUAAACCUUGAUCUUGUUAAAAGAGUUUCAUCUUCUAUUUACAGUAAAUGCCAUUUGGUUUGAUAUCUCAUGCAAAGUCAUUUUUAACUGACCUACAUGUUUGGAUACUUUUUGGGGACACUAUAUUCUCAGUCUAAUCAGAGUUUGUGCUGAUUUUGUAUUUGGUCUGUGAGACACUUUUAUCUGUUUCUUUAUGUCUUGUUGAAACGGAUGCAACAUAUGUUAGUGUUGGAGUUUUUAUGUGUAUUUUUUUUGCUAUUCUGACACAUAAAGGGAAUCUUUAUAUCACGGUUGCCAUUCCAGUAUUUAUUUGUCGUAAUGAACUUUGUGGUUCAGAAUGUAACUUUUACAUGCUUAUGAAAAAGAACAAUAUUGUUAAUUUUAAUUCAGACAGGAAGCGAUUAUGUGGUGCUUUCAUGUUGAAGGAUUUUGAUGAAUAAUGUUGACCGCAUUUGACGUAUAACUUCUGUGGAUCAUUUGGAAAUCACCACUUAUUGUAUGAAGCUAUGUGUGUUUUUUUGUUUUUUUAAAGGACACUGCAGUUUGUUUAUUAAAAUGUCUGUUUAUUGCCACCUUUUUGGGUGGUUGGUUGUAUAUGUGUUUGUGCAUCAGACUGGGAAUUGUGAAUGGAUUUGUAUGCGUGGGUGAGCGUGUGUUGUCGCUAAUUCCCUUCAAAUUUUACUGGACUUGCUGUGCGUGCCACAGCUUGUCAUUACUGUGUUUUUUCUUGUAAAAAUUUUGCUAAAACUGCAUCAUAGCCUUAUUUUUUAAAUCUAUUAAACUCAAUUUAAUUGGAAAUGUACAUUCUUUGUUGGUUUUAUUCUCAAAUGUGUUUUAGAUGUCUAAUGAUGUCCGAUUCGCAAACAAGCCUUCUUAACGAUUCGUUUGGACUGAUUCGCAAGCAAGCCUUCUUAAUGAUUCGUUUGGACUGAUUCGCAAACAAGCCUUCUUAAUGAUUCGUUUGGACUGAUUCGCAAACAAGCCUUCUUAAUGAUUCGUUUGGACUGAUUCGCAAACAAGCCUUCUUAAUGAUUCGUUUGGACUGA